UAGUUUAUAUCUUGUGGAUCAUGUAAAAGUUCUACUUGCUUUCAAAUUAAGAGCUUGUGUGUUUUAUGAUUUUAUCAAACAAUAUUUUGCUAGAAUCUACACAUAAAUUUAUAUAGAUAUUUAAAAAAAUUAUGAUUGCUGAUGUAAAUGUAACAAUUGUUGUCAUGAUUCAUGUACUCAAAGAUUCACCUAUUUAGGUCACUAUGCAUCUCAAGUCAGAAGCCAAGAUCAUGUAAUCGCUACAGAUAUUCUAUUAUUUUCCACACAGAAAGGUUUCAGUUCUAUAAUAUAUCCACUCUGAAAAAAAGAAAAGUUCAUCUCCUUUUUCUUAAACACACGAGCAUCUGUCAAGCUUUUCAAACUAUUGGAUCUUUUUAUUUAUUUAUCGAGCUUUGGUUUGUUUUCUACAAAAGUUACAGCAAUUGGACACUAUUUCAGAUUUAGAAAGCACAUCGAACUAACAUAUGGAGUCGUCGAUUCUCCUCUGGAUACCUCGAAUCAGUAUCAACAUGUUCAUCUCAUUGGUUUGUAAUUCUCAGACCAGUCACAUAAUCUUGAAUAAGAAAUUUUAAAAGGAUUCAAGCUGCUUUUAAUGCUAGCGGUUGCUCGGUGCAGACAAGGAAUGGCAUGAUGCCAAGACUGAAGCAUCUCAGUGGGCUUCACCAAAAUGUCUUCGCUACCUAUUCAUAUGAAUUCUCAAAUUCUAUCACGUCUCAGAACCACAAAAACUAUGGAAUCAUUUUUGGCAUUAUAUAGCAGAAGAUUAUUAUGUCACCAGAAUUGAAUCCUACAAUUCUCUGACCUUCAGUUAAUCCCAACGAACUACAUCAGUACCCACUCAUCGAACAAAAACAGAUAUACAAAAGACCAAAAACUACGUUUUACUUAAAAAAGAGAGCAACAACUACGUCUACGACCCCACACUUGCGCGGGGGCUGUGCCCCUAGUCAUAUGAAAAAGUUUGCAUUAUUGUUAUGACUCGUAACUAAGGGGAUAUAUAUUUUUAAUCUCGAUUAGGGUCGCCUAUAGACACAGACCGGCCUUGGAUAUUUACCUUUUCCAACGUGCUGAGUGGUCAAUUGCUGAGACAUCUGCUUUGUUUAAUUAAAUUACCAAUACAAAACUAUUAAGGUCUUUUAAUAUUGUAAUAGUAAAAUCUCCUUCAUUUCCAAAGUCUUGGAAAACGAACGUAAAAGUAAAGAGUAACUUUGACCGUCUAGGCUCUCUCUUUAUAUAUAUAGAACCUACAAUCGUUUAUCAGAUCUAAUCAGGUUAUGGGGACACAAACAAAUAAAGAGCAUUUCUUUGGUGGAUUUCUAAAGAUUUUGAAACAGCAGCAAGUCGAUGUACGGCUCAAUGCAUGUGAUAAAAAGGCAGCUAUCUCUGCCCAUAAGCUUAUUUUGUCUGCAAGAUCAGAGGUGUUUGCGAAGAUGUUUGAAGAAGACAAAUGCAAGUCUUCGUCCAGGCUAGAGAUAAUCACUCUCUCGGAGCUUAAACAAGAAGAGUUAGAGGCUUUUGUUGAGUUCAUCUAUGGAGAUGGCUCAAUUCUUUCUGAGAAAGCGAAGCAACAUGUAAUGUCACUCUAUCGUGCCGCUGACAAAUAUGAGAUUCCGCAUCUACGUGACUUAUGCAGAAUGGAGCUUAUAUCAUCUCUUAACGCUUCCAAUGCUCUUAAAGUUCUCGAGCUUUCCCAAAUCCCUUUUGACAAAGCUCUCAGCGAUGCAGCCAUCAGUGUUAUCAAAAUUAAUAAAGAUGAGAUUUCUAGUUCUACUGAGUUCAAGGUUUUCGUAGUCGAUCACCCAGAUCUUACCGUGGAGAUAGUGAAGGCUAUGUUGGAAUUUGCAGCUACGUAUUACUGUACUUGUGGUCGCUUUGUAUGUUGUAGUUAUUGUGGUUCUAGAUCAAAAAGAAAGACUACUGUUUAGUCUGGACGUUCAUCACUUUCACAAACCCUUCAACUCCUAUAAUAUUUUCAUAGGAUUUAUUUGUCUUUGUUUUGUUAUCAAGCUUUCAAAUCUUUGAAUUUUUCUAAUACGUUUCUAUUUUAUUAGAUUCUAUUUUCUUUGCAACUUAUGUAUCUCUCACUAACUUUCUCUCACUAAACGCUCUCUAGAAAACUCGUCAAUCUAAAAACCUAGAUCCGGUGGCCGGCGGUUCUUCUUACUUUGGGUCGCCACCCCUUUUGUUUUUUAUCUCCGAUUUAGUUCGGAUUGAUCUUUGGCUAUAUCCGAUUGUUAUUUCUGUUUAUUCGGACUUUUAUUCUUUCUUUUCUAUCUUAGGAUUAUCAUCGUAAUCUCCUCUGCUCUGUUGUAAUAUCAUAUUCUCGAAAGAUUAUGUUGAUUUACAUGUACCGGUUUGCUUGGUCUUCUUUCAAAUGGGUGUAAAUCCUUACUCUGUCACAAGAAUAGACUUUGGAGUAUAGGUUCCCUUUGGAUGAAAGUUCAAGAUGAUGCUGUUGCUUGGAGAAGGGUAUGGUGACUCAGAGCUUUGGUCGGUUUAGAUGAAGUUUCUGAAAAGUACUAGUUCCAAUCAAUGGAGGUUUAAAUCACCGGUGGUAUCUCAAGUUUUUCGGCUGGUAAUAGCGAGGAGAUUUAAACAGGCACAACUCAGGUUUAUGGAGAUCGUAGGCCAACAUUAUCGGCGCCCCUUAGGCCCGUCCUUAAUCGAGUUUAGGUUGAAAAUAAAUCAAAAAGAAAUUCCCGGGUUUGCGACGGGCCUUAGCUAAGAGAUUUUUUGGGCUCGUCCUUAACAAAACGUGGCAGCAUUGGAGUGGGAGAUGUAUUCGAAGCCGAGAAAGGGAUUGUCGGUGUGUUCUUCUCUCUCUUCUCCAAACUCAAUCAAAAUCUCAAAUCUCCGAUGGCGACGCCGUGAUGUCCGAAGGCGAAGUUAAAUCAAAAGGAAUAAUCGAUCUCUUCAAAUUGUUUGCAACCCGCUCACUCCACAUCGCCCUGAUCUUCGAAGGCGAAGUAAAAAAAAACCAAAGGUCAUGUCCAAUAUCUCCGAAGACGAAGUCACAUCGAACUCCACAGCGGCCUGGUGUCGGCGUUUGAUCCCCUGACCGGAGGAUCUUCAAAGACUACUCCAUGUUGGUGAACAACGGGAAUUUUCCGGGAUGGUUGGAAUCAUCGACUGUAUGCAUUGGGAGUGGAAGAAUUGCCCCACCACUUGGAAAAAAAUGUAUUCACGAGGAACCGGAAAACCAACAAUUGUGUUGGAGGCGGUCGCUUCAUAUGACCUCUGGAUAUGGUACACUUUUUUUGGAGCUCCAGGUACUAUGAACGAUCUUAAUAUUCUUGAUCGAUCACCUGUUUUUGAUGACAUUAUUAACGGAAAUGCUCCGCAAGUAAACUUCUAUGUCAACGGGAGGGAGUACAAUUUGGCUUACUAUCUGACGGAUGGUAUUUAUCCAAAAUGGACGACUUUUAUUCAAUCUAUCCGACUCCCACAAGGUGCGAAAAAUUCUUUAUUUGCUAAAACCCAAGAAUCCGUCAGAAAAGAUGUUGAGCGUGCCAUUGGGGUCCUGCAAGCGAGGUUUGCCGUUGUUAGAAAUCCUUCUAAUUUAUGGGAUAAAAGUAAAAUAGAAAAUAUUAUGAGAGCAUGUCUCAUACUACAUAAUAUGAUUGUCGAAGACAAACGAGAUUCACACACUCAGUAUAGAGUUUUAGAAUUUCAACCCGCAGCAGAUGAGGAUCUUGCAUUUACCGUUAAAAAGACUACAAAACACGGAAAAAGAAUUGGGCGUCGCAAAGAAGUUCGGGAUCCACAUAUCCAUCAACAGUUAAAAGAAUUUUUGAUUGAAAAUAUAUGAAAUAAAUUUGGACAUCUUCCAAAUAACAUUAUAAAUAACAUAUAAUGUUAUUUGGUUUCUAUGAAUUAAAUAAAAAUGUUUGUUUUAUUUUAUUUUUGAUAUUUGUA